AUGGAUGUAGUUGAAAUGAGUGUUUCUCCAGUAAAUAAUGUAGAAUCAGAUUCUGGGGAUACACAUGGGCAAAAGCAUCAUUUGCAACUUGAAGAACAUACAUUAGCAAGAGGACUCUGUGUUGCUACAACUCAAGAACAACCCUCUUCAUCUUGUGGUAUUCCAUGCUCUAUUGGAGGACCUCCAAAGUUAACACACUCAAUCAUAGCUUUUACUACUCCAAUACCUGUAGUUCCAGGUCAAAAGAAGCUCAAUUCUGCAGAUGAAUUAAUUGGGAAAGCUAUAAUAAAACAGAGAGUCAAUGAAAAGUGCUUUUUUAAGCAACAAGCAGAGAGAAGUGUAAAAUUGAGCUCAUUAAGUUUAGUAUCUAGUCGUGGCCUAACUACAGAUGGCCAUACAUUCCGCUCAGAAACUGGUCUAUCUAAUUUAGGUACACAUAGAAGUUACACAUGCUUAAGCUCUAUAUCAUCAAGAAAUGCAGUGAAGCUAACGACUCCAACUUCGGAAGAGUCUCAUAAUUUCUUAUUAUCAAAGAUAACUUCGUUCUUUAAUAGCCUCUGUAGUUGUCCAGGCUUCUUGUCACUAUGUAAUACUCACAAGAAGAUCCAAACAAUAGAGCAAGAAACAAUUCCUUCAGAUUCAGAUUUUGCUGAAACUGAAGAAGAUGUGAACAGCGAAUCAGAGUCUGAAUCUAAUACAUCUAUUGCAGAAGAACAUACAGUACCAAAAUAA